AUGGCAGAUAUACCCAAUAACAUGUCCCCAGGGUCAUUCACCACGCCAACUCGCCCGCUCACCUGGCUAAUCACUGGAUGCUCCUCGGGACUGGGACUAGCCAUUGCGCGCCGUGCUCAGGCCGAGGGUCACUUUGUUAUUGCCACGUCCCGUGAUCCAUCCAAAACCCCGGAGCUCGUCGCCGAGAUAGAGCGUGAUAACGGGAGCAAGGGCCGGUGGAUCCAGCUCGACGCAACAGACACAAACAGCGGGGAGAUUAUCGAACGUCUGGAACGCGAAGGUCUCAAAUGUGAUAUCCUGGUUAGCAACGCAGGCAGCUCUGUUCACAACGUCGUUGAGGCUUUCACAGAGGAAGAAGUACGCCGCCAAAUGGAAGUACUGUACUUUGGUCCCUUUCGACUGAUCAGGGCGGCGAUACCGCACAUGCGACGCCGCCGGUUUGGCGUCAUAGUCAACAUCAGUAGUGGAGCGGCACUUGAGGGAAGGGAGAGCAUGGGGACGUAUGCGUCUGGAAAAGCUGCAACAGACGGUAAGUAA